GUAAGUUCUAUUUUGAAAAUAAAAACAUGAAAGUCUUAUUUUAGUAUAUUUUCAAUGUUUUAGUACUACUUUAGUCUUUCUCCUCCUCAGAAAAUAUCAUAUUAAUACGAGAAUGUGACUCAUUUUUUUUUUUGUAAAAAAAAAUCCAAAUCAAGGUUGAUGAGGGGCGUGGCAGUGCUGUAGGAACUGGGUAGGCAAGCUUCCAGGCUCCUGGAAAAAGGCACAGAGUAUCCCUUAAGGCCAGUUGCAACGUCCUUAUCAGAACUCCCCCCGGCCGUAGGAGAAAAUGUCGAGUCUUGGAUCCUCCGACUCUUCUCCGUCGAAGAGCUCCCAAUCGUGCUCGGAAUCUGAACAACCUGCAACCGAAACUCCAGAAAAGGGGAAAUUUUCACCCUACGAGAAACAACGAUUGAAGAGAAUCGAGGAGAACAGAGCGAGAAUGGAGGCAUUGGGCCUUCGCAAAAUUGCAACUUCCUUAUUGGGUUCCCUUCCGAAGCCUCAAAAUAGAAUUUCCGGCAAGAAAGGCAAAAGGAAGGCGGGCGCCGAGGAAGAAGACGAUGAAUACAAGCCUUCUUCUGAUGGUGAAGAGAGUGUGAGCUCUUCAGGUGAAGAAGAUGAUGAUGAUGGUGGUGAUCGCUAUGGGUUUUCCAAAUCUGUUUCAAAUAAGUCAAAGAAUAAACAUUCAAAUCCAAAGAACAGAGCUCUGAACACACAGCAUCCCCGUGAAUCAGAUUUCAUGGACGACGAUGAUGCUUUGAUGCAGGCAAUUGCUCUUUCUCUACAAGAUUCUGCUGGACUUUUGGAUGUGAACAAAACACCUUCUAAAAGUGACGGUGUUCAUAUCAUGGAUGAAAAGUCUAGAGUGAAGAAUGUGAACUCGAACGCCGUAGAUGGAAAAGGAAAGAGGAAGAGAAAACAAACGAUCAGGAGUCGGGUGCAAAUGACCGAAGAUGAAAUCAUUUUACACUUCUUUCACUUUGAUGAGGCAGGAAAGGGAAGCAUAGAUUUGAGAGAAUUAGAAAGAGUAGCAGCAUCGCAUGACUUUUUAUGGUCUGAAGAAGAGCUAAGAGACAUGAUACAUUGCUUUGAUGGUGAUGGAGAUGGAAAGGUCAUCACUAAAUCUUUUCAUUUUGUGCAGAUUUCAUUUCACUUGUUCUUAUAAUACUCCGUAGUUCAUUUGCUUGAUUGUUGCAGAGAAAAUAAAGGGAGAAAUAAUUGAGAGGGGAGGAAGGGCGGUGGUGGGGUGGGUGUGGAGAGGGAGGGCGGGGAAGGGGGAAAGGGAAUAGUUGGUUGUUUUCUUUCCUUUCCCAAAAAUGGAACAUUUCUAUUUUUACUAACCAUACACCGAAUUUACUUUCUCUUGCCGUUUUUUCCCUUUUCCCUUCCGGAUUCCUUGAACCAAACACAGUGUGAGAAUCAGAAUCCUGGCAUACUCUAUGAAGAAAAUGUGGGUCAAAAUUAGUCGGUUUUCGUAAGCACGUUUGUAACAGAAUUUUUGGAAAAAGAAAAGGAUGGGAUCAAUCGAAGUGAUAUUUAAGGCAGGAAACAACCCUUCGAAACUUGCUCAUUUCUUAGGCUUAACGUUCUGUUAUUGCAGCUGAGCCUGGAUGAUUUUCGCAAGAUUGUCCUUCGAUGCAACAUGAUAAAAGAGUCGUAAAGCGUCGCAUCUUGAGGAAACUUGACAUAUCUUACAGGUAUCUAAAUCGACUUUGGUGAUUAUAGAAAGAAGAAUGAAAAGAUUCUUUCAUCCCUCUGUUGUUCUGGUCUUGGUGCUCUCAGUUAAUCAAGAAAACUGUUUUGUUCAGUAUUUAUUUUUUUUGAGUAAAUUCCACGAGUGGUCCUUUAUAAUUAAAGAAUUCCAUUGAAGCUCCAUAUUAAUUGUGAGUUUUUUUUCCUUCAAAUUAUGUCCUAUAUGUCAUUAAAGAUCCUCAAAAUGAUGCACUAACAAAAGACUAAGGGGGGCUUCUGCUUGGUGUUCUUGUUGAGGAAAGUGUAGUGUAGUGAGACAAUGUAGGGUGACUAAUCCUUGAU